AGACGUCGCCUUCAUCAUCGCCGACACCCAGUAAAGGUUCCGAACGGCCUGUUGUGACGGGCGCCAUGUACGCCAGUGAAGUCGGAAUAUCUUUCAUGCCAUCCAGACGAAAGCGCUCGACAAAAGGAGUUACGACAGUGGUACACCAAGUGUGACUACUCACCGCUUGAUGCCACCACCAGUGAAUUGAAUUCGUCCAUGUGAACGCAGUCGGUGAUCCAGCCGCUCAGAUGUACCUUCUUUUGGAUUUCCAAACCAACAACAAAAAUGACAGACCGGUGUGGGAACCAAAACACAGUGGAGAGGCUGGAAUCUUUCCGAGGACCCAAACAAAAUGUGUCGAAAUUCCCCCCUUGGAUGUCGGACACACAUUACUCAACUGGAGACAAAUUCGAUCGAAUGUUUGAGAAAUUCGUCGAAUUUUCAAUUGUACAAGAGAGAAGGAGGGGGCUAUAGAACGUGCGGUGAAUGCACUAAAUAGCGCCGCCAUUGCCGUUUCUCCACUCUCAUCGAUCAGGAACCCCCAUCCGUCCGUCGAGUUUGCCUGGACACAUUGACGAUGGAUGAAGAGAGCCUGACCAGAGUGAAAUCCUCACGACCGGACGGCGGACCCGGAGACUUUGAUACACACCGUGUGGGAAAAAUGAAGAAGAAGAAGAAGAAUAGAUGGAGGGGCCACAACUUUCUCAGACGGGAAAAAUGUUCCAGGGGCUGGGGGAGCCCAGGAGUAGCCAAAGCGUCGCGCUACGUGCUGCCGAGAAAGGUUUCUCUGCGGCUCGGCCUUUCUUUAUGUACCUGGAAAUGCCACCACCACCAACGAGGAAGAGGGAUUUAGUUGAGCUUUUAUGCUAUCAAAGAGCUUAGCUCCGCACAAUCGCCGAUUGAUUGAACGUCAUCAUUGUCACCUAAUGGUCGACAAUGAAAAGCAACAAGCUCCCAGCUACUCCUCCUAACCUUAUCGCCGUGGUGUUACCGCUGUGCCUGCCCACCCUCCCCCCCCCCCCAUCUCUUACUACCUUUUAUUUCUACCUGGAUGGACACGGACAAUAAGGAUGUUGUACACAAGGCCCCCGGGUACGCGGACACAUCAACAUCGAUUUCACGCGAGCAAUGAAUGGAAAAAAAUAAACUUUAUGGGGGCGCCACCGAAGGAAUAAAAGGAGAGAAGAAGAAAAAAAAAAACCACUACUCGGUCAGUCGUGACGUCCCGCAAAGUUAAUUUCCCUUCUGGAAAGAAGAAGAAGAAGAAGACGGCGAUGAAAAUGGUUCCUCCUCCAUUUUCUGCUUCUUCUUCCCAUCAGCCAGAAGAAAUAAAUUGAAGGACCCCAUAAGGAAUCAUUUUCCAGACGUUUUAUAGAGGCCAGCACUGCUUCUUUUGAUUGGGAACUCUGGUCGUUGCCCUUUUUAUUUUUUUUUUAAUUUGGCUCCUGCUCUUGCUCCUGCUGCUGCUGAGCUGACGAAUGAUGAUGAUGGUAAUCCAGUAGCCGACAAAAACCGCCGAAAACCAAAUUAGCAAGUGGAAUUGUUUUGGUCAACGUCAACAAACAUGGCUGGAUUAAUCGCCUCGUUAUGGCUCUUGGCCUCUAUCGUGACUCCAGGAUUGGGAAUGUGUUUCUUUCCGACCGAAUUCCAAGGCGAAUACAUGACGCAAUCGUCUUCGCGGGGAGGCGUCAACCUCCAGUACGCGCCCAUCAGCAUCCUUCCGGAAUCCAUUCCAGUCUGGGGUGUGUGUCACCGACGAUUUGGCAAUCGCGUCAUUCUCAUGGACAGGACUGGCGGUACUAAUUGCAUCCGCUGCUUCGAACUGACUUUACGCUCGCUCAACGUCGUCCAGAUCCACACGGAAGGACUCGAUAAGUGCUACACCACCGAGGAGGCGGCCAUGGCCACCUGCCCGACGGACGAGAGCAUCGCCACGGGCAAAUCGCGAGAAAUCAUGCUCUACAAGACCAAAGAAUUGACCGGAGAUCCAGUCGUCGCCCAGGAAUAUUGCCCAGUUAACGGUCGAUUCGUUUUUACUUAUUCCGUCAAUGACGGACUGGCCGAUGACCACGUCAACGUGGCCGAAAACGUCAACGAAUGUCACGAGCCCGUCUCGGAACUGUCAAACUGCCCGUACGGAUUCGGACUGGGACUCCGUUUCAAGCGAUGCUCAUUCGGCGAACUCGAAAUUAACUUUCAGUGCCUGGGCGAUUGGAUUGGCCACAACGGCGAGCGCUACAUGGCCCUGCUGGACGUCCAGGACACUCAGUCGACGACGGCGGUGACGACGGCCGGCGGCGUCGGUAUUAUUAACGGCGCCGAGCGCCGACCCCGUUAUCGUUGUGCGCUGUACAAGGAGGAUCCGGAAACGGGCAAAAUGUAUGUGGCGCUAUCCAGCGACUCGACGUGCACCAACGACCUCAAGAGCCCAAAAGAGGGUUAUGAGACCCUGGUACUGACCAGCAUACCCCAGCCGCCAUUACCAUUCGAGGUGAGCACCAGCUCUUGUCGCUUCCCGUCAUGGGCUCAUGGCCAGUGGCAGGAUGCCUAUGUCGAGGAUGACACGCUCAUCUACAAGGACCUCCGCAAUUUCAAAACUUACACCCUCAAGUGUAUGGUGGACGAUAAAACAUUGCCGGACGAUCAGGGCAAAUUCGUCGUCUACGCCCGCACCCAAUGUGGCGACGAUUUCUACACUUGUCUGACGGUGGAGAAACGCGGCGUCAACGUCAUGGAGUUCCAGCUGGGAGCCGAGACGUCAGCCUCGUACAAUCAGAGUUUGUGUCAGAACGAGAAAUUCCCGCAGGAAACGUGGGUCACCCAGGGAAGGAUCACCGUCUUCUCGGAGGAAGCCUGUCCAAUUUCGGGCGAGUACACGGGCGUCAUUCCGGACGCCGUCGGACUCUGCGCCAAACUCUACUCGGAUUGCCGCAACCCGCAGCGCAUGUUCUACAGCGUCUCCAACUGUCACAAUCUCAGCGAAGUCUACGAAGAAAGGGAGUACCGCUGCCUGGGCAAAUUCGCCGAUCGGGGCUUGACCUACACCUACACUGAGCGUCGCGACGUCUUGGGCUACGAGUGUUUUGUCGGCGUCAUCAUCAACGAUGGCGAGCUCUUCAUCAAAGAGGCUGGCGAGCAUUGCCAACGUGACGUGGAGCCACUCCGGAUGGGCAUGAAAGUCACCCGCCAGGCGACUUGCUACGCGCCCAGGCCGUCGGCCAAACCCAACGCCAUCGCCACGGCCGCCACGUCGGCCACCAGUUUCAAUCCCAACACCAACGCCAUGCAUCCGUCUGUCGUCGACUCGAACGGCGUCCACCGUCCGGCUUCGUCCCUGCCGCCUCACAACGGCAACAAUCAGCCGACAACAAUCAGAACGUGGAAACCCGCCACAGAUUCACCGAUGGGAUCUUCUGGGUAUCGGAGCGUCUUUUCCUCUUGGUUGCUGCUGGCCGCUUUCAUGGCCGUUCAACUGCAUCGGAUAACGGGCUUGCAGGUCUGUUGAUCCGGCUCGUUCGUUGUAGUGUAUGUGUGGGAACGCCUCCGCAGUCGUGUAAAUGUGCUGUACAUAACGAAUUCGAAGAGAAAAUGAGGGGGCCAUCACUUCACCCCCCUAACCGAGUCUUAUAACGGGAUUGUAUUAUAAAUAACAAAUAAUUAUGAAUUUCUCUCCAUAUUAAAAAAAAGAAAAGAAAAGAAGAAAAACUGAUUAACGGGUUCCGUUGAUUGGGGGUUGAAGGAAAAAAAUGAGUAAAAAUAACAAGCACCGCAAGUGUCGUUUAUUGAAAUUGUAUACCGUUGAAUGAAGUGGACUGUUUACUUUGUUUUGUGAUGAUCAAAUAAAUGCAAGAAUUAUUCGAUCAAGGCCCGUUUUCAAGGAUUUGUGGCAACACAAAACAAGUUGUACAUUUUAGUAAUUGCUGCCAUUUGGACUCGACCUGCAUUACUUCCGACUCAUCACUGAAAUAUUAAGGUUAGUGUUAACCGUCUACUUUCAGUUAUCAGUCUAGUUAUUUGUUACUAGGGAGGAGAGUCCUCCGAUUUUAUCGGCAACCCGCAAAUGUGGUUAUUACUCAUAUUCAAAGCGUUGACUUGUCCCCUUUUCCCCCUUAAAACCAGCACAUCAACAUAAUAGAAAUCAGUUCUCCCAAGUAUACGGCGGUAUUCAGACUCUUGCCGUUUGCUUAACGUAAAGUUUCUUUAAGUUUUGACGGUUUCAAAAUGCGCAUAAGGGUGAAUCAAUGUUGUUGCGGUUGCACCCUACAAACCGGUGCCAAAGUAAUUGGAUGUCUUCAAUUGGUGAGUGGGAUUGCACAAAUUAUUUUCGAUGUGGUGAUGAUCUUGAAUGAUAGCACUGCGCUUGUUACUUAUUGUCUGACUGGUGGGAUAAUCGGUUUGGUCGUCAUGAUCUCAGUCACCAUCCCGCUUCUGAUUGCAGCCUCAAAGAAUAGCAGGCCGGGUCUACUUUUACCUUGGCUCAUUUUCAACUUCGUAACAAUAGUUCUAGGGAUUGGCUUAGGAUUAUUCGCGUCCAUUUUCUUAAUGCAAAAACAAAUGAUUCAAGUCGAAGGUGGAAGCGUUUCCAUUGCUGUCACUCUCGUCGGAUCUGCACUUCACAUCUACUUCUGGCUGGUCAUCUACAGCUACUAUAAACAACUGAAAGAACAGCUACCGCCGACAACUGGACAAAAUAAAUAUUCCCAAUUGGAUUCCAGUGAAAAAGUUUAGUACAAAGUUGUAUGCCCACUGCCUGUGUUUAAUUCCAACUGUUUUGUAGUGGUUGUCAUGUUUAUAUACCAUGACGUUAUAAUCUUUUGGAAGUUCUAAUACAAAAAGUGAAACAUG